CGCCGCGUACGACGGUGACACCGCAACGCUGGCUGGCUCGCAACCGUUCAGUCAAUUAUGCCAACGCGUUCCUGAGGUGAAGGAGAGCAGCCGCGUCGCACAUCCGUGUCGGAGCUGAGCCGACGAGGCACACAAGGAAGUGAAAACAAUACUCAAAGCACCAUGGAGGGGGCAGAAGUUACAUUUUUAUUCCAGUUUGGUCUGAUACGUGACACAGUCACGGUCGAUAGCAGCACACUUACUCUUAAGGUCCUGAAAGAUCUUGCCUGUGAUUUUAUAAACACCAAGUGUCUGGAGCAUGGAUUAAAUCAUCUGUUUGAGAGAUUAAUUUUGUUCAAGCACGAUUACAACUCCACGAACAUUUUGCAGCUGGUUACAAAUGCUACAGAGAUAGUGGAUGAGACCCUAGUAGAAAUCGUGUUGACUGCACAAGUGCCAAGUGAAUACAUUCCCAUUCGACCUCAUGCCUUAGCAGUACAUUCCUACAAAGUCCCAACAUUCUGCGAUUUUUGCGGUGAAAUGUUAUUUGGGCUUGUUCGACAAGGUCUCAAGUGUGAAGGUUGUGGUAUGAACUAUCAUAAAAGAUGCGUUAUCAAAGUGCCGAAUAACUGUUCGCAAGAUACAACUCAAAGACGGCGCAGCUCGGCCGUGCUGAAUGUACCGAGAUCGCCGAGUCAGGGUUCCACCAGCAGCCUGACAAGCAAUACUGAUGAUAAUCACAGUUCAAAUAGCACACUUAACACAAGCCAAAAUAAUAGUUUGGCAAUACCAAGUAUAAUGGCACCAAAACAGUCCUCUUCGCCGAUAUUGGGAGGACGGCCUGUUUGGGUGGAGCGCGAGCUCGCAACGCGAAUAAAAAUUCCACACACAUUCGUAGUACACACAUACACGCGCCCAACUGUAUGUGGACACUGUAAAAAGUUGCUAAAGGGUAUAUUUAAGCAAGGCCUUCAGUGUAAAGAUUGUCAAUACAAUACGCACAAAAAAUGUAUGGAUAAAAUACCAAAAGACUGUACCGGAGAAAAUCCACGAGAUAAUAUAGGCGAAUACACAGAUAGCGGCGUUGGCAGUGAAUUAGAAACCAAAUGUGAUAUUAGAAAUGAAGAAGCUGAUGCUGACAGUGAUACAGAAUCAUCGCCACUAGUUCAAGAUGCAUCAUUUACAAACAAUGAGACUAAAGCGCCCAGUGAUUACCCAAAUCAUGCACGAUGUAAUGAUGAAGUUAUUUUUGAUGAAAAUCAGAAAUCACGACCGUCAAGCUGUAAUUCUACACCAAGUAACAACAUUCCAUUAAUGCGGAUAGUACAAAGUGUGAAGCAUACCAAGAAACGUGGAUCUAAAGUAUUAAAAGAAGGUUGGAUGGUACAUUUUACAAAUCGCGAUCCAGUCAGAAAAAAACAUUAUUGGCGACUUGAUACAAAGUCUAUAACGUUAUUCCAAAGUGAGAAUGGUUCUAAAUAUUAUAAAGAAAUACCAUUGGCCGAAAUUUCAGCAAUUGAAACAGCUAAAACACCUCGUUCAUAUAUAAUGCAUUGCUUUGAGCUAAAAACUGCCCAUGCCGAUUACUAUGUUGGGGAGGAUCCAUCAUACGGAGAUAAUUGCGGCCAAGUCUCUCCUCCCGAAAGUGGUAUCGGAGCUCACAUAGCUAGAUCGUGGGAAACUACUAUUAGACAAGCACUUAUGCCUGUAACUGUGUCGACUAAUCAAGAGGAAUCUAACGAGCCUACCGAACCCGAGGAGAAUAUUACCGAUAUGUCACAAUUGUAUCAGAUCUUCCCAGAUGAGGUUUUAGGAUCUGGACAAUUCGGCAUAGUUUAUGGAGGUGUUCAUCGUAAGAGUGGCCGCGCGGUCGCCAUAAAAGUCAUCGAUAAGCUACGUUUUCCCACUAAGCAAGAAGCCCAACUGAAAAACGAGGUAGCCAUACUGCAAAAUCUGUCGCACAGUGGAGUAGUAAAUCUGGAGCGUAUGUUCGAGACGCCAGAGCGAAUAUUCGUGGUGAUGGAGAAACUGAAGGGCGACAUGUUGGAGAUGAUCCUCAGCUCCGAGAAAGGACGGCUUAGCGAACGGAUAACCAAGUUCCUUGUGACGCAAAUUCUGGUCGCAUUGAAACACCUCCACAGUAAGAACAUCGUGCACUGCGAUCUAAAGCCGGAGAACGUGUUACUAAGCAGCGACACGGACUUUACCCAGGUGAAGUUAUGCGAUUUUGGAUUUGCGCGAAUAAUUGGCGAGAAGAGCUUCCGAAGAAGCGUCGUCGGCACGCCGGCAUACCUCGCACCGGAGGUGUUGCGGAAUAAAGGCUAUAAUCGUUCUUUGGACAUGUGGAGCGUUGGCGUAAUUAUAUACGUGUCGUUAAGUGGCACUUUUCCUUUCAACGAGGAGGAAGACAUUAAUGAACAGAUUCAGAACGCUGCCUUUAUGUAUCCACCAACUCCGUGGAAAGAAAUUUCAAGUGAUGCUAUUGACUUGAUCAAUAAUCUUCUACAAGUUAAGCAGAGGAAGAGAUACACUGUAGAUAGAAGCUUGCAACACGCGUGGUUACAAGAUUAUCAAACAUGGUGCGAUUUGAGGAAAUUGGAGCAGAAAGUCGGCUAUCGCUACUUGACUCACGAAAGCGACGACGCACGUUGGCUGGCGUACAGUAAUCAGGAAACAUGACAGAACUGUACGCCUGUACUGAACAUCGAGGCAUUACCGACUUCCUUGUCACUGCACAAAGGCUGGGCUCGAUACGCUCGAGCUACUCUACGGCGAUUUAUUCGUGCCUGACUCAUUAAAAGUACGUAAAAACUAGUACAACUUUGUCUUUCGGGCAAUAUCCCGAAUAUGUCGCUCUCCGUUCUUCUAGAAAUCAGAAUCAAUAUCGGGAUCUGAAUUUGAUAUUUCGGGAUACUGCUACUUUCUCCAAAAUACUUAAUAACAUUAUUAUACUUAAUAACAUAACAUUCAAAAAGCUUCCAUAACGUUAACAUUCCUACAAAGUGGUCCUAGCACAAAACAUGAUAUAUAUAGUAGUGAUAAAUAAAAAUGAUAAGCGAAAAACGCUUUGCAGACAAAUAUUUAGGCCAAAAUGUCGCAUUUGGUAGGUAACCAAACUCCAUUUUAAAUACCUAACUUCAGAUUUUAUUUGCAGAGAUUGUGUUGUCUCUAUAUAAGCUAUUUAAUCUACAUUAUAACAAUGUAGACAUUUUUAUUGCUUUAAUUCUAUAAGCUUGUAUAUUUAGAAUAACGUUACUACAUGUUACUUUAUAAAGCAUUUUAGAUGUUUUAUUAUUACUUUUAUUAUGCUCUUCUUGGGGUAACUUUAUAUUUUAUUGAUAUAAUUUGCUUUUUAAUGCAUAAUGAUAGUUUAUGAUAAAUUUAUUUCUAUACUAAUAUAUAACUUUAAAAAAUUUUAAUUUAAAAUAUAUAAGGAAAUCUCAGUUGAAAGCUUUAUUUGCUUUCACAGUAAAUUAAUGGUGAAUAUAGUCCAUUUCCCAUGCAUAGAAUACUGCUUCAUAUAAAUUAUUUGUGUAUUAAGAUUACUUUACGUACUUAAAUUACUUUGAUUUUGCAUGUAAAUUGACAUAUUUUCCUAUUUAUUGUAAAUAAAAUAUAUUACUAAAUCAUUGAAUACAAUUAUAAAUUAUUUAAAUAUUUAUAAAAAACUAUGACCUAUACUUCUAAAUUUUAAUUCCAAUUUUUUCAUUCUAUGUAUGGGUAUAGAUAUAUAUCACUGAUGUUGGACUAUAUGUGCAAAACAUAUACAUUAUAAGUUGAUAUUGAUCAAAUAAUUUAUGUUGCGUUCAUUUAAAUAUUUUUUUAUAUCUUUUUACAUCUUUGAUGUUUAUAUAUUAUGUUAUAAUUUUGAUCUGUUUUAAAUAUUUAAAGAAAGAUAAUGAGAAGGAAGAAAUUUUUCCAAAACUUUUUGAAGAUCUGUUUUAAAUAUAAAUUUUAAAAAUUGUAGCAUUACUUUUAAGAGAUAGCUGUUUUAUGUAAAGAAAAUAUAAUCAUAAUAUAUAUCUAUUAAUUUAAAGUAUAGUAUAUGUAUAUGUUAACAUAUGUUAAUUCAUUAAAGCAUUUAAAGUAUAGUAAGCAUAAAAUGGUGAUAUGUGGUAUCUUAAAUUUUAUUAGUAAUUGGUGAAUCUCUGUUAAUUUGACUAUUGAUCUAAGCUUUAUAGCUUUAAAGAAUAUUCAAUUGUUCUUUAUGAUUAUUACAUGAUAUUAGAUAAUUAGACCGUCUUUGAAAUGGAUAUUUAAAUGCGGUGACUAUAUAUUCUCUUUCUAAAUUUUGCUUACCGAUGAUAUGGAACGAAGAUUGUGUCAGUAGUCAAUAUGAGAUAAAUGAGGUUGACUUAGAUUAGCAAGCUAUAAAUUAGUAUUAUAUGCGAGAGAACUUAUUAAAAUUAUUAAGAUGGUGCAAAAAAGAUUUGUUACGUUUAUUAGAUAAACUCAAAAACGAAUAGUCUUGCAGCUAUUUUUGUCAAAUCAAGUAAUUACCAUCGAUUUCAAUGCACUGUUUGCCAUUUAGAGCGAACAUUUUUAAAUACCUUUUUAAAGAAUUUAAAUAACUAUUUAAAACAGAAUUUAAUAAAGAACCAACGAAUCUUUUGCACUAACCUAAUAAUUGAUUUAUUCAAAUAAAUCUAUUCGAAAUAUUGCGUAGUUAAAUAGUUAAGACAAAGAUAAGCGCAAUUUUCCCGAAAGGAAAUAUUUCUAUAUUGAAUAACUUCUAUAAAGAGAAUAUAUUCGAUUUUGAAUAAUUGGAUCCGCAUCGUAAAUUGACAUUGGAUCAUAAAUUGACAUAAUACCCUUAAAAAUACGGCCUAUAUCUUUAAAAAUGUAUAAUCUUUGUAAGUAGAAAUAAUAUAAAACUACUUGUACGUUUUAUUUUGUAUCGCGUAACUCUGCGAUUUUUACGUUCUUUAAGAACAGUAAAUAUAUAUCCAAUGAGGACACCACAAUGCAAAAAUGACGAUAAACAUUAACCAAUAUACACUUGUAACAUAAGAGAUAUACAUGCGCGCAUCGCACAACAGGCGUUAAUAUUUGUUAUAUUUUAUAAGAACUUUUAAAAGUUUAUCGUAAUCUUACUCGUAGGAUAUCAUAAAUCAAUGUCUUGUGCGCAUAUUUUACACACAUAACACACACACACACACACACACACACACACCUUUCUACACUUAAGGGAGAUCCGCUGCUAAAUCAAAAUGAAUAAAUUUUCAUGAAACUAGAGAAGUUCAAAUUAGUGAUAUAAAUUGACUGUCAAAAUUCCAGAAAGCUGAACUAGCUAGUUAUUUAGAUAUUAAAUCUUUUAUUAACAUGGGCUGUUAUGGGAAUCGAUGAAUUUUCAGAAUUUUUCAGUUUUUAUUGUAUUAAACAUAGAAGUAAUGAACAGAUGUUAGUGAAACUUUACAAUAAUACAUCUUAGCUGUCCAGAAAAUAACUAUUAAAUUUUUGAAACGAUGCACUUGCUCGUUUGAGUGAAAUAAUUGAUAAGGUAAAAAAAGUUUACAAUAAUCGAAGUAAUACAGCACGUAAAUGUGGUAAAUGUGUGCUAGUAAUAUAAUAUGAAUUUCAAAUUGUUGUAUUUAGUUAUCUAAGGGGUGGUAUAAUAGUGAAAAAUGUUUAUUCUCAAUUUUUUAAAAAAUUAUUUCAGUAAUGAAGGUAGUACUUUAUAGCCGAUUUUUUUCUUAUAUUCACCAUUAUUAACUUAAAUUUAGACCAUAUGCAGCAAAAAAAGAAAGCAACAAAAUAGUCAUUUGAAUAUUUUUCUUUACUUGAACCUUUGUGCCACUUGUUGUACCGGGCCUGAGCAGAGGAACUCCCUUAAGAAUACUAUUUACACUAUAAAAAUGUAAUCUCGUAAGUCGUGCGUGUGCGAUCAAUUUCGUGCUCACGGAGAAAAAAACGCAGCAUUUACAAUACUCCAUGCAUUUAAUGCCAAUGCAUUUAAAUGUUCUUCCCGCAUAAGAGGAAGGAAGAUACUCCAAUAUAGGAACAAACGCUAACGUUGUCGUAAUCUCUUAUACUUACCAGCGUGCGCUAAUCUUGUAUGCUUUUACGCGUUCGCGGUCGGAAGACAGGAUAUACAUAUAUAAGCAAUGUUCAUAUGAUACUUACAGAGUUUUAUUGACUCUUAUGUAAUUGCACAGAAAAAUUUGACUUGCAUUUUAUUCGUACUUUAAGCGGCAUUAGUACUUUCUGAAAGAAAAGCGCAAUUAGAUAAUGCAUAUGUUAUGCUCGAAAAAUCCAAGAUAAGAAGACAUCACAUCAAGGUCGCGUUAUCACCGCAAACUACAAAUAUCUUGAACAAUACGGAUUGCCGGCUUAUGUACUUAGUGCCAGGUGAAACUCACAAUUUGUAUGUUAAUUCUUUUUGUAGUAGAAGUAGUAAGGAGUUUUUUGUAGUAACGAGGGAUUAUAAUCAUAACAAGCGGCAGCACGACUCAUGUACGCGCGUUUCUCUUCGCAGUGCGUAAAUCGAGCGAGAGAAGAUGGCUUUUCAGUGCCACGCGAGUGAGUUUUGAUAUUAAAUUAAUUUGUAUGAUAUUGCUCUAAGCCUUUUAUCUUGAAAAUGGUACCAAUAAACUAAAAAUUUGCCUUAUCUUAUC